AUGGCACAGCCACUAAAGCUUGCUAUUAUUGGGGGCGGAGCUUCCGCCUUCUACGCCGCAUCCCGUGUUUUGUCCAAGUUGCCUGCAGCAAUUAAGGACACCCAAGUACAUGUUUAUGACCGUCUAUGGACCCCACAUGGUUUAGUUCGAUAUGGAGUUGCCCCCGAUCACCCGGAAGUCAAGGCGACCAGCGAACUCGCCUCAUUCUUUGGAAACGUACAGAUCAUUCCCUCGGAUCUCGGCCGACAGAUUACCAACUCUACCAAGGAUGAGCGACGAGUACCAUCGCAUCCUCAACCACUAAACCUGCCGUUAUCCACGCUUGCUCGGCAUUAUACCCAUAUUCUGCUUGCAUACGGCUCUUCCUCUCCGCUCCUUCCAACUUUGGCAGACGAUUCAUCGGUUCAACCUACCUCCGCCCUUGACUUUGUUCAUUGGUACACAUCGCAUCCGUACCCCGAAAGUCGUAUACCACUGGAGCAAUUUAUCAAAGCAAAACAUAUCACUGUGAUAGGUCACGGAAACGUCGCGCUAGAUGUCGCACGCGUGAUACUUUCACCUCCCGCCCGAUUAGCUCCCUAUGAUGUUCCUCAAAGUGUUCUAGAAGUUCUCGAACAACUGCAAGUUCAGCAUGUAUCAGUCGUAGGACGCCGUGCCCCUCCUCAGGUUUCAUUCACCGCAAAAGAAGUUCGUGAAAUGAUGAAUCUUGAAGGGGUCGGAAUGAAUCCUAUCGAUCAUAGCUUAUUCGAUAUUGGCGCUGAAGGACUAUCAAGACAACAAACUCGACUAAUAGAUUUGAUGCGAAAGGGAUCAUCUACCGUUGCUGCAUCGGCUUCCAGGACCUGGUCUCUUGACUUCCUUCGUUCUCCGUUGAGAAUAACACCUACAAGCAUAACCUACUCCCUCAAUUCCCUAUCAUCUUCUCUCUCGGCAGUUCCAACCGGCCAAACUCAGACGGUACCAACAGACCUUGUUAUUGCUUCAGUUGGAUAUCGUUCUCCAGCGGUCCACCCGGACUGGCAUGAUGAGCGUCUUGGUCGAGUCAGGCAUGUGGACGGCCAAGUAGUUCGAGCAGAUGGUACAGCAGUUCGUGGCGUGUAUGCGAGUGGGUGGGCCGCAAACGCUGCAAAUACCGUACCUGAUAACCAGCCCGAAGCUGGAAUGAUAGCCAAGGACGGGAUUGUCUUGAAGGGUGAACCUGGCUUGCCGCUACCUCUAAUAGAGGCCGGGAAAUUGGUAGUCUCGUACUCCGACUGGAAACGGAUUGAUAAUGAGGAAAUUCGGCGAGGGGGUGAAUCGGUCAGGAUACAACAGAGUGCGACCGAAUUUCGACAAUAUUUGAAUAGAGCUAUGACUACUCGAGAGGAGAGACAGGUGAUAGGUGCUCUCCACCGUGCUUCGAACGGCUCGGCCAAUCUAUCACACGAUAGUAGCAAGAAAAGGUCACGCGAGGAUGACGCCAGUGCGGGUGAAACUAGCCGCCGUCGCACCGGUAUUAGAGGGCCAUUCACUGGAAUAGGUCAAAGCAAUUUACAGGAGCGCCGGGCUAAUGAUGCGAGAACUUUGAAGAGGGAUCAUGGCUCAACCAUCAAGCUCACGGAUAAUCGAUCGAAUAAAUACGAGGGAAGCCUUAGCAGUAAAGCAUUCUCUUCCAGGACAGGACUUUUAGAUGAGCCUUUUGGUAAAGUGACACACGAUGGUCAACCGCCUUCUCUAUCUACUCAACAAUCGUCGCCUAGCGUAUCAAAAGCGAUCAAUGAUAAAAUGGACGGGGCGAGCGACAAUGAAGCAACGUUCUCUUUCUCGAUGAUGCUCGAAGUUGCUUCGAUACCUCUUGAUACCCCAAAGCGUCAAGAACGUAGGACAAAGCAGUCAGAGACCCCAACAGUUGGUCACACUUCGUCGGAUUUGGAUCCUAUGGACUGUAUAGGAGGCUCUGGUAAAACGGUUAAUCCAAUUGACAACGCUUUCCACCAGAACAACGUCGAUGACGAUGGCGACGACGACGAAAUUGUUGCGUGUGACCCGCCUGCCGCAAACAGGCAAGGCCCGAAUACGUCUAAAGAGCUCUCAAUUGUCAAAGAAGGCACGGUAAAAGAUGCUGUCCGGAAGAUCGAAUCCAAUCCAUCUGCUUCGACUAUUCAAUCCUCUGGUCGUAGCGAGCCUAACCUGGAUCGUUUUCUUGCACCAAAGUCAGCGGAACUACCCAGUCCUCUUACCAAGGUCACUAGGGGAACUUUGGGCAAGCCCGCGCCCAGCGGUCCCACGAGCAAGGGCCAUCCUAUAUCCAUAGGAUCGACAAGGCCCAAGCCCGUGGAAGGGAAAAUUAGUGGCCGCAUGCAGGGCAAGCUAACAUCAACAGGAAAAUCCCAGACCUCGCAGCUCAAAAUACAAAGCUUAGGCGCUUUCCCGUUGACCGAAAAAAGGCCUCAGCAGCGUACGAAGCAGCGAGAGACCAAGCCAUACCAAAGCCAGCUUGAAUUGACUUUCCAGAUUCAGGAGUGGUACUGUGACCCUAAACAUUACGAGUCAAACACCAACCGAGACUCGUAUUCUCUAACCGCUAGUGGGAGUAUGUUAAAGAUUGUGUUUAAAGAAUACUCUACGAUUACAUCCCAAAGAUUUUUGCAUAAUGGAGGGUGA